UUUCGCAAGGCUUGAAAGACUACUGCAAAGGCUUUCACAGCAACUGCUACUCUCGCUAAUUUGCUUUGGUUAUUCGAGAGUUUGAAUUUUGCUGAAAACAUGUUUGUGGCGGAGGCGGCUAUGUCUUCCAUCUUUGAUGUGGUGCUUGAGAAGUUGGUGGCUGCCCCUUUGUUGGAGUAUGCACGCAGUCAGAAUGUUGAGGCCACUCUCCAAAAAUGGAAGAGGAUUUUGUUACAUAUUGAAGCUGUGCUGACUGAUGCUGAGCAGAAGCAGAUAAGGGACAGAGCUGUUAAGCUUUGGUUGGAUGAUCUCAAAUCUUUGGCUUACGACAUGGAAGAUGUUCUGGACGAGUUCAACACUGAAGCUAAUCGGCAGAUCCUGAUACAUGGACCCCAAGCUAGCACCAGUCAGGUACACAAGCUCAUCCCAACUUGUUUUGCUGCUUGUCAUCCUACAUCCGUCAUAUUUAAUGCAAAGGUUGGUGGAAAGAUAAAGAAAAUUACAAGGGAGUUGGAUGCUGUUGCAAAACGAAAGCAUGACUUUCAUUUAAGGGAGGGUGUUGGAGGGUUGUCGUUUGAGAUGGAAGAAAGGUUACAAACCACUUCCUUGGUAGAUGAGUCUAGCAUUUAUGGUAGGGAUGCUAAGAAGGAGGCUAUCAUUCAAUUUCUCUUAUCCGAGAAAGCCUCCAGGGAUAAUGGUGAUAAUGGAGUUUCUGUAGUUCCCAUCGUAGGUAUGGGUGGGGUUGGUAAAACAACCCUGGCUCAAAUUAUCUACAAUGAUAAGAGGGUGGAGAGCCACUUUGAUACCAGGAUUUGGGUUUGUGUAUCGGAUCGAUUUGAUGUGACAGGGAUAACCAAAGCAAUUCUAGAGUCCGUCACUCAUAGUUCAACUGAUUCUAAGAACUUAGAAUCAUUACAAAAUAGCCUGAAGAAUGGAUUGAAUGGGAAAAGAUUCUUCCUCGUUCUAGAUGAUGUGUGGAACGAGAAGCCCCAAAACUGGGAUGCCUUAAAGGCUCCUUUUAGGGCUGGUGCACAAGGCAGUAUGAUCGUAGUAACAACUCGUAAUGAAGAUGUUGCAUCGAUUAUGCGCACUACUGCCUCUUCUCAUCACCUUGAUGUGCUAUCCUAUGAAGAGUGUCGGCUAUUAUUUGCAAAACACGCCUUUGCACAUAUGAAUACAAACAUCCGCCAAAAGUUGGAACCAAUUGGUGAGAAGAUAGUAAGAAAAUGCAGAGGCUUGCCUUUGGCUGCAAAGUCGCUUGGAAGUCUAUUACACACUAAACAAGAUGAAAAUGCUUGGAAUGAAGUACUGAAUAAUGACAUAUGGGAUUUGCCAAUUGCACAAAGACUAUAA